AUGUUUUGCCGGCGAAUUGUCCGUGCUGGCGCCCGCUUCGCUGCUCAGCAACAACCUGCCCUGCGCCGCACCUACGCCGACACUGCCCGUGAAGCAUCCAAGAAAUCCAGCAUCUCUGCCGCCAAGCUCUCCGUAUAUGCCGUGGCUUUUACCUCGCUGGGUGCCGUCGGAUCAUGGCAGCUGCUCUCGAGCACCGGUAUGGGCUUCUACUCGGACAAGGAGUCCCUGACACGCUUCAAGCCAACUGAAGAAGAAUCGAUCCGAGCCGAAGAAACAAUCAACUCGCUGCCAAUUGUGGCCGAGCUACGCGCCGACCCCAACAUGGUCGAGUCGCGGCCGCACAUGAAGAUGCCCACAUCGUACCGCGAGAAGACCCUGACCGGCGGCGUCCUCAGCGGCCCCGGCAAGGUUUCCGUGCCACCAUUUGUGUGGUCUCAGAAGGAUGGUGAAUCGCUGGUGGCCAUCUCGUAUGUCAGUGACAGCUUGUGUGGCCACCCGGGUAUUGUGCACGGCGGCUUCCUGGCCACGAUGCUGGACGAGGGCCUUGCGCGGUGCUGCUUCCCUGCCCUACCACACAAGAUUGGCGUGACGGCCAACUUGAACAUUGACUACCGCAAGCCAACACCAGCCAACAGCUACCUUGUGCUCAAGGCGACUACAACAAAGGUGGACGGCCGCAAGGCGUGGGUCAAGGGCCAUAUUGAGCUGCUGGCUAAGGAGGGCGAGAAGCCGGUGAUUCUGGCCGAGGCUACGGGCCUGUUUGUCUCCCCGAAAUACGCUGCUAUGAUGCCCAGGAUUGCCUAA